AAUUGGGUACAAAACUUGUUAUCGACAUGAAAUAACCAAAUUCUCAGUUUUGAUUUUUGAAAUACAAAACGAAGCCAAGAGUUUUUCAAACAUUCAUAAUUUCACCAGUUAUGCCUCCAGACUAUGAAAUCGAAGAUGAAAUACAAAAGUUUCUCCGGGAACUGGACUACAUUCUUAAUACAAAGAGCCAGAUAGAAUCCAUAAGCCAAAAAUGUCGACAACUGCAAGACAACAGCGAGCAUGUUCUUUCCCAACUUUUUACAGCUAUAACAAGGUUGAAAGAGAGAUACAGAGUCAUUAUGUAUGAUCCGGUAUUUAGCUCUAUGCUUGGUGAUGACACAAGAUAUGAUCUUGAAGAUGACAUUCGACAAUUACAAAGGCACAUCCUUAGGUUGAAGCUGCCCAGAGGCCCCAAAUGGCAACCUUCCUACUAUGAUGCAAAGCAUUUGGAAAAUAUGUUGAAUGUGCUUCACAAGUCUACUGACGAAAACACAGACCAAUAUGUGCGUGACACACAUGUCCCUGUAUUUUUCAGGAAUCCGGCAUUUGAGAAUAGUGCAGCAUUCAGAGAUGCUGAGGGGCGAUAUGAUGCUCUGUCGAUCAACUUGAAGCUAUGUCUGCUAUGUUUCUCAGUGUUCCCGGUGGGUGCCAUUAUAAAGAAAAGGCUUAUGGUUUACUGGUGGAUUGCAGAAGGCUUUAUAGAGACGGAGGGAAAUGAGAAAGAUUUAGAGCAAUUGGGCGCACAGUAUUUUUAUGAACUUAUGGAGAAGGACUUUCUCAAGCCUUAUUAUGAUAAGCGCCGCCUGGAAGUGCAGACCUGCAAGAUGCCAACUUUCAUACAUUCUGUAGUAACUACAAUUGCUGCAAGAGCUAAGUUUUUUGACUUUGAUUCAAUUGGUAGACCUCGGGCUGAUUGUCCUUCUUCAUUCCGGUUAGCCUUGGACAGAAGUCCGCAACUAGAAUGUUAUAAGGGGUAUGAGAAAUUCCAUUUGGUUUUCAAUUUAAGUGCAAAUGUUCUCUGCCUUUCACUUGAAUGGAUAAGCACAAUGAAAAAUGUUACAGUUCUUUACUUGGGAAGGUGGCAAUCCUAUGCAAACCACUCCAUACACGUAGUGGAUGAUCUGUUCUUAACAGUCAUAAAUAAUAUGAAGCAUCUCAGGCUUCUUAGCCUUCAAGGGAUUUUGGGAAUAAUGGAGCUUCCUGAUGAGGUCACUGAACUUAAACACUUGAUCAUUUUGGAUCUCAGAGCAUGUAUUCGUCUUCAGAAGCUUCCUCGUGACAUUGGCUUGCUCAAGAGUCUGACACACUUAGACUUGUCUGAGUGUGAACUCAUUAGUAUGCCCAAAGGACUCUCCAAAAUAAAGAACCUCAUAGUUCUUAAAGGGUUUCUAGUUGGAGAACCUUCGAAACAUACAUGUAGUCUUAGGGAUUUAUCUGAACUGCCAAAACUGAGAAAACUAAGCAUUCUCACCCGCUUAAGAAAAUUUCCUGAAGAAGACGAUCUUAAAGCAUUUCAGCUACUUGCAGGACUUACCAAGCUAAAAAUUGAGUGGAGAAGAUUAUGGAAGCAAAUAAGAGGGGACAACAAUCAGAUGCAGAAACAGCUUCCAGCUAGAUUGCAAAAAACAGAAGUACAAAGCGUUCCUGAGAAAACCACACCUGAUUACAUGAAUCCUAUGAAGAAGUACCUAAACAACCUAUGUGGGGUCGAAGAACUGGACAACAAUCAGAUGCAAAACAAUGAUGCUGACUGCCCACAGCUUCCUGCUCAACUGCAGAAACUGGAACUCCGUUGCUUUCCUAUGAGAACCGCACCUCAUUGGCUGAAUCCUGUGAAGCUGAAGAAGCUAGAAAAGCUAUACAUAACAGCUUCAGAACUCUGUGAUCUCUGUGGGAAUAUUGGUGGAUGGAAUGGACCAGUAAAUCCAUGGGGAGUGAAAGUUCUUCGCCUCAAGUACAUGACUUGCUUAGCAAUGCAAUGGAAAGAAGUGCUCAAAUUAUUUCCAGAACUGAUAUAUCUAGAGAAUGUGAAUUGCCCAAAGCUGUCAUUCUUUCCAUGUGAUGAAGCAGGAGUGUGGAUCAACAAGAAGAAAGUCCAGAGCAGUAACUAGCAAGCAAUCACAUAUAUCCCAAAACUGCGGCUUAAUAAAUGUAGCCAAGAUUUCUAUUUCAUAAGUUGUGUUGUUUCUUAUUCUGUCACUAUACUGAUUCCCCUGUGCGUGUAUCAGAUUUGGAAUAAAAAGUACAAUAAAUGACUUGUCGACGUUCUUUUCAGAGAUGACCCAGAAGAUCACUCUUCUCAGCUUUGUAUUGAAAAAUUAAUCAAAAAAUGAUUUGUGAACAAUA